CAAUCGUUCCAUUCAUCAGUUGUAGCUGUUGUGCCAGGUCGUGUGCUAAAGUGUCCCUUACAAACCACCAACCAAACCACCAAAAUGAACAAGUUCAUCGCUUUGGCAAUCAUCUCCACCAUCGUCGGACUGGCUCUGGCCGAUUACGCACCACCGAAGUACGAGGCUCCGAAGUACGAGGCACCCAAGUACGAGGCCCCCAAGUACCACGCACCAGCUCCUGCUCACCACGGUGGAUACCAAGCACCAGCUCCUGCUUACCACGCUCCAGCUCACCACGCCCCGGUUGUCCAUGCCUACCCAGCGAAGGCCCCGGCUGUCAAGUGUGGUGCCAAUCUGCUAGUCGGAUGCGCUCCUAACGUAGCUCACGUCCCAUGUGUGCCAUCCCACGGUGGUCAUGGAGGAUACGGUCAUGGAGGUCAUGGAGGACACGGAUACCACCGCGCCGCUGAAUCUGCCGAAUCAUUCGAGUAAGACCACAGCCUCCGAUGGAGACGACGGUUCCCGAACGCUUCGACAUUCUCGAAAAAGAUGAAAACCUUCGCCCGUUGACACUGGAUCAAGAAAACGGACACUCCGCUGGAAACAAUGUGUGUAACAAAUGGUAUCACUGUGUUUAUGUUAACGGUGAAUAAAUAGCUAUUUAAAAAAAUAA